AGGAAAACAGUGAGCUAAGCCCAUACUCGCUGAUGGCAGCUGUACACAACCCCAUGUUCUAGUGCGAAACAGUAAAAACUCUAGCUAUAUCAAUGAUUUUCAUCACAUAACUCUUUAUAUACUCUCGGUUUAAUCUGUAUUAUUAGGAUUAAUCCCGCACUUCCCCGAGUUCGGGUGCAUUAAAUGGAGGAGAAGAAGGAAGACGGAGACUCGGAGAUACAGGAACACGGACCCGAACACUGGUUCUCAAAAUGGGAGCGGCAGUGUUUGGCCGAAGCGGAGCAGAGGGAGCUCGGCGAGGAAGAGGCCGACAACGACCAGGAUAAACUGUGGCAUCUCUUCCAGAACUCCGCUACUGCAGUAGCUCAGUUAUAUAAAGACAGAGUAUGCCAUCAGCAGGGCCUGUCACUGUGGGUGCCAUUUCAGAAUGCUGCUACAGCAGUCACCAACCUCUACAAAGAGAGUGUGGAGGCCCAUCAGAGAAGCUUUGAUCGGGGUAUUCAAACAGGCCAUCAACGUCGUAAUAAGGACAUGUUGGCCUGGGUGAAAAAGCGCAGGAGAACCAUCCGUAGGGAGGACCUCAUCAGCUUCUUGUGCGGCAAAGCACCACCUCACAGGAGUAGCAGGGCCAACACUCGAUUGGCCAUGGUGGCCCCUAGUCGGGCCAAUUCACCUGCUGAGACAGGCUCAUCUGUGGAGGCAGACCUCCAGCCCUUCAGGGAGGCUAUAGCACUGCAUGGUCUUAGUGGGGCCAUGGCAAGUAUCAGCGUGCGCUCUGGUGCUCCAGGUUCUCCCACACAUGUGAGCGGCAGCAGUAGUAAUGGAGGUGGUGCUGGCGGAGGCGGUUCUUCUGGCUCUGGGCCAGUGUGCCGCAGCAGGCGGAAUGGGCUUCAAGAUGUCGACCUGAACACUUUCAUUGCAGAGGAGAUGGCACUACAUCUGGACUCUACAGGCUCUGCCGCCGGCGGAGGGGGAGGAACCAGGAAACGAAAUUCCACCCAGUGUAGUGACGUCAUCACAGACUCCCCUACGCACAAACGCAACAGGAUGAUCUGAUCUGCUGCCUGUCCAUGUGUAUGAGAGGGUGGGGGGGAUGCCUUUAAAGUCAAGCCUUGGACAGAGGGAUGGGGUCAUGUUGGACAGAUGGACAGACAGAUGUUACCAGUGCCUGGUUGUGUUAAAGAACCCAGGCUGAAAAAGAAACUGUGCUGGACUGUAGGUCGCUGCAGUCUAAUCAGAUGUUGGAAGAAUUAUUUUCCUUGUCUCCUUUUCUGACACUAUAACUACAAAUCACUGCUCUGCAAUCAGAACAUUUUGUGAGUGUGCAAGACUCGCUGGUCUGGACAACAUCACACACUCCUCAGACAUCGCUACCCCGGAAAGGAGACGACAAAGGAACCAACAUGUGGGAUGCAGACAGUUCUCAAAGGGUUGAAAAUGCACUGUGCUGCUUUACAAGUAAAAGCCACUUGAUCCUUGACACAUGUGUGCCCUUUCUUCCCUUAACCACACUCAUCCUCACCCAUCACCUUAAUAAGGAAGUGAGGGCCAUGAUCAAAUCGACUCACUCAGUGAAUCGAGUUGCUCGCCAAAUGUCGGACCCAGCUCGAACAGAGACUCAGCUCUGUGUCAAAGAACCCAUCAGUUCUUUCUGUUACUUCAUCAUUUCAGCUCUUGGUUGAUGUUGCCUGUCUGUGUUGGAGUUAAAUUGCCCAGUAAGAGUCCAUCUGUGGCGUCAUCCUGCCUCCUCUGCUGCUUGUUAUAUUUCUCUGGUAACCAGGCUGGAUGACAUGUAACUACCAAUAGCAGGCUAUAGAUGUUUGGACAUGAAGACCUUAAUCUCUGCAAAAAACUAUUCUGCUUCAACAGUUGCUUGGUUUAGUUAAACCAGUUGCCAUUUUCUUUUUCUUUUUUUUUUUUUUUAAAAACAACCAGUGUUAAAAUUCUUGUUUUGCCACUGUUUGCAUUCUGCUCCACCUUGUUUUUGUCUUUUUUUGUUGUUGUUGUUCAGGAUAAUGAAAAGGAAGAAAAUUCUUUGUUGUUCAGCCUCUCAGUCAGCUUGUUUGCUGAUGAGAUGCCCACUUCCCCUUUACCCAAUACUUAUUUUAAAAGCAGCUCAAGUUUUAUGUGAUUGUGUGAUUCUGAUUAGUUGCAAUAAGGAUUUUUUGCACUUAGCUUUCUCUUCUAACUCAUGCAAACAAAUCGGCUCUUCCAUUGUAUCCCAGUUGUAGCCUUGUCCAGCCCUAAAAAGGCCUGCUUUCGGUCGGCCCGCACGCGAUUUAUCUGUUGGUGCUCAGAAAAGGUGAACUCGAUAUGACUAGAAAAGGAUAUCGCGUGCAUACCUGGUUCAUUCUUUAAGUGUUUAAAUCAGGUUGUGGGGCAUUUCUGUGGGCUGAACCUUUAUUCAGAGAUGGGGGAGUUAUUCCCCAUCUGACGAGUAAUCAAACGUACUGGGCGAUAAUCUGUGCUGUAAAGGAAGCAUAAAUCACAGAAAUGGUCUUGCGAAGGUAGCAUUUCUCAACAGUCCCACCAAACAUGCCAACCAGUGUACACAAGUCACUGGAUGAUCCGACGACAGCAUUGAAUUGGCUGUUGGGGAACACUGCUGUUUGUUUUAAGGGGUGCGUGCAUUAAUAAGAUGUGAAUGGGGUUUGUUUUGUUUCUUUUGGCUUUUUUUUAACUUGGUACUGGAUGAUGCAACUCGGGGCUUGUUUCAUUCUUGAAAUGUCGUUGCCUUCCAUCCACUAAGAGAGUAGAGCAGGAGACGCUGAUAUCACACGAGUCAGAAAUGUGGGUAUAUUUAGCGUUUUGUAAAAUAAUGAACUGGUACUGUGUAUAUUUUGAGGGUAAUUAAAAGAGGUUUAUUGGAGGUUAAACAGAACUUGAUUGGGGUGUAGCGCACCCAGUUGUUCAUUUGCAUAGAAAGUGUACAAAUCAAAAAUUGUAAAAAGUGUAAAUUGUGGAAGAAAGUAUAAAUCCUUCAAUGUUAUCUAGUUAUUAAACUAAUGAUAAUGUAUAUUUUCAGUGAUGCUCUGCCAUAGUCGUGAUACAGUAUGUUGUCAGUGAGCAAACUGAAGUGUAAAGCUCAAAUACCCACUACAGCUGACUUAGAAGAUGUCAGUGUUUCCUUCUCUCUUUCCCAACUUGUGUUGACGGUUUCACUCCCCUUCACUUUUCUUACCUCUUUCAUUGUUAAGAAAAAAAAAAUCAAAAACAAAAAAAAGCAUGCACGUUUUUAAACUUCUGUUACAUUUUGGUCACAGAUUUCUUUUUUUUUAUUUUGCAUAUAGGUUGGCUGUUAUAUUCAUACAUGAUUGCUGAAAGUCGGUGAAAGAAAAGAACCUGGUUGAGAUUUAUUGAUUGCGUCAAAUGAAGAAUUAAGAGUUUUGAACUUUGUUGAUGCAUAGGAGUGUAAAAACAAACAAAAAAAACCAGACUGAAACUAUAACCUCAUAUUAAAAGAAAAAUGGAGAUUUGA